GGGGGCUCGUUAUCUCCCGGAAGAAAACGGCUCAUGUCACAGAAGUCUCGUGAUUGCUCUGGGAGCUUUGCUUAACCACUUGGAACUACAGAAGAAAGAAGGAUCUAGCGAAAUAUGGCUGCAGAGAGCCCUGCUAUGCGUCGGGUCCAGGUGGCAGAACAUCCCAGGUUACUGAAGCUAAAGGAGAUGUUUAACUCCAAGUUUGGAUCUAUUCCCAAGUUUUAUGUUCGAGCACCAGGAAGAGUCAACAUAAUAGGAGAGCAUAUAGAUUACUGUGGAUAUUCUGUUCUUCCUAUGGCUAUAGAACAAGAUGUGCUAAUAGCUGUAGAACCUGUGAAAACAUAUACUCUCCAACUGGCCAAUACAAAUCCCUUGUAUCCGGACUUCAGUACUAGUGCUAAUAACAUUCAGAUUGAUAAAACCAAGGCUUUGUGGCACAACUAUUUCUUAUGUGGACUUAAAGGAAUUCAGGAACACUUUGGUCUUAGUAACCUGACUGGAAUGAACUGCCUGGUAGAUGGAAAUAUCCCACCAAGUUCUGGCCUCUCCAGCUCCAGUGCUUUGGUCUGUUGUGCUGGCUUGGUGACGCUCACAGUGCUAGGAAGGAAUCUAUCCAAGGUGGAACUUGCAGAAAUCUGUGCCAAGAGUGAGCGUUACAUUGGUACUGAAGGAGGAGGCAUGGACCAAUCUAUAUCAUUUCUUGCAGAAGAAGGAACUGCCAAGUUGAUAGAAUUUAGUCCUCUGAGGGCAACUGAUGUAAAACUCCCAAGUGGAGCAGUGUUUGUGAUUGCCAACAGUUGUGUGGAGAUGAAUAAGGCAGCAACUUCUCAUUUCAAUAUCAGGGUGAUGGAGUGUCGGCUGGCUGCAAAGCUCCUGGCUAAAUACAAAAACUUGCAAUGGGACAACGUACUGCGGCUGGAGGAGGUGCAGGCUAAACUAGGGAUUAGUCUAGAAGAAAUGUUGUUGGUCACAGAAGAUGCCCUUCAUCCUGAACCCUAUAACCCCGAGGAGAUCUGUAGGUGUCUGGGAAUUAGCCUGGAGGAACUCCGAACCCAAAUCCUGAGUCCAAACACUCAAGGUGUGCUCAUCUUCAAACUCUAUCAGCGGGCAAAGCAUGUGUACAGCGAGGCUGCGCGAGUGCUCCAGUUUAAGAAGAUAUGUGAAGAAGCACCUGAAAACAUGGUCCAGCUGCUGGGAGAGCUGAUGAACCAGAGCCACAUGAGCUGCCAGGACAUGUAUGAAUGCAGCUGCCCUGAGCUGGACCAGCUGGUGGACAUCUGUCGGUAUGCUGGAGUUUGCUGGAGGUCCGCCCCAGACUCUGUUUGCCUGGGUAUCACUGGCAGAGGCUGCACAACAGUAAAGAUUGCUGCCUGUUCCUUCCUCUGGAAGCUUUGUCCCAGAGGGGCACCUGCCAGAUGCCAGCCAGCUCUGUGUUUUCAAGAAAAUGUCAGCUUCCCCAUUGCACCACAACUGCUUUGUUCUAAUUUACGCCAACAAGAGGAACAUCAGAAAGAUUGCAUAGUGGUGUGGAAGUCAGAUUCAUCAACCUAAUGUGCUUUGGAAAUACCAGCCAGCUCAUGCAUCUUAAGAUAAUAUAAAAUCAAUGGACUCUGACCUCCAAAAUUGAAGAGAACACGAUUAAACUCUGGACCAGUACUACUAUAGUGCGACUGUAAGAGGAAGAAAAGAAUCACGAUGAUGAUUACUUUUAUAUUUCUAAAAAAGUGUGAAUAAAAUAUAACUUCAUAUUUAGCAUAAAGUUACAAUUUGAUAUAUUAAAAUAAAGGAAAUUCCAGAAAGCAUCUUCUUAAUUAGAGGAAUUUACCAAAGUAAGAGUCUAUAAGUAUGUGCAGUAAGGCUCUUCUACCCUUUUGAUUUAUCAGGCUUGUAUAUAGGCAAUAGACAUUAUUCAGUCUUAAGAACAGAAAAAAAAAAACAAAAUGAAGAAAAUGAACAAAGUCAGGAAAAGGCAUAGGAAAAAUAUCUGAAGAAAUGAUGGUCUGAAUUUUCAAAAUUUAUGAAAAACCCAUCCAAGAAGUUCAGCAAUCUCUAAGUAGAAUAAAUUUACACCUAGCACAUCCUAGACAAAGUUUUAAAAAAUAAAGACAAGGAGAAAAAUCUCAAAAGCAGCAAGAGAAAGCAACUCAUAUAUAGGUGAACUUUAAUAAGAUUAAUAACUAACUUCUUAUCAUAACAAAACAGACCAGAAGGCAGUAGGAUAGCAUCAAGGUGCUGAUGGGAAAAAAAAAAAAAAAAA